UCGGCUAAGUUGGCUGGUGCUCUCCCUCAUGAGCUCUACGAUAGGCGGUCACUGUGUUCUCGGCGUCUAGGGUUUGUGGGAGCGGCACGGUCGACGCGAUGGAGAAGGCGGGCCGGGUGAUCCGGCGCUUGAAGCAGGAGCGAUCGCUGUAUCGGCGACUCCAUUCUUCGUCGUCGAUCCGGCCGGCGCCGCUCUUGCCCUCGGCAUCGCUCUUGCAGGGAUCGUUCACCGGAUUCCAAUGCGCCAGCGGCGGCAGCUCGAAAUCUUUCCUCGCCCGGCCGCUGCUGCCAUGGUCCGCAAGAUCCAUCUCCGUGGAGGCGCUGCGUCCGAGCGAUACCUUUCCCCGGCGCCACAACGGAUCCAGCGCGGAGGAGCAAAAGGUAAUGGCCGAGGUCGUGGGAUUCUCGAGCAUGGAUGAGCUUGUGGAGGCCACGGUUCCAAAGCCGAUCAAGCGGGGGCCGAUGUCGCUGCCAGGCAAGUUCCAUGAGGGAUUGACAGAGAGCCAGAUGAUCGACCACAUGAAAUAUCUGGCUGCCAAGAACAAGAUCGCCAAGUCCUACAUUGGAAUGGGCUACUACAACACCAUCGUCCCGCCCGUGAUCCUUCGCAACAUCAUGGAGAAUCCGGGAUGGUACACGCAGUACACACCUUACCAGGCCGAGAUCGCCCAGGGAAGAUUGGAGUCGCUUCUCAAUUACCAGACCAUGAUCGCCGAGCUCACGGGCUUGCCGAUGUCCAACGCUUCGCUACUCGACGAAGGAACCGCUGCUGCCGAGGCCAUGGGAAUGUGUCUCAACAUCGGGAGUAGGAAGAGGCCCAAGUUCUUGAUCGCUAGCAACUGCCACCCCCAGACGAUCGAUGUUUGCGUCACUCGCGCGGAUGGUCUCGGGAUGACUGCUUCGAUCGUGGAUCCCGACAAGUUUGAGUUCUCCAAGGACGUUUGCGGUGUUCUCGUCCAGUAUCCUGCGACCGAUGGUAGUAUCACGGACUACGCCAGCUUGAUUUCGAGCGCUCAUGCGAAUGGAGUAAAGGUGGUGGUGGCGACUGACUUGCUAGCACUUACGUGCUUGAAGCCUCCAGGGGAGAUUGGAGCCGAUAUGGCUGUUGGGUCGGCACAGAGAUUUGGAGUGCCUCUGGGAUACGGUGGACCGCAUGCUGCGUUCCUGGCCACCUCGCAGGAAUACAAGCGGAUGAUGCCGGGACGUAUCAUUGGAGUCAGUGUUGAUUCCAAUGGAAAGCCGGCACUCCGUAUGGCUUUGCAAACUCGUGAGCAGCACAUAAGACGUGACAAAGCCACCAGCAACAUUUGCACGGCCCAGGCUCUUUUGGCAAAUAUGUCCGCUAUGUAUGCUGUGUACCAUGGACCAGAGGGUUUGAAGGCUAUAGCAGAUCGGGUACAUGGACUGGCAACGGUGUUUUCUGAGGGAGUGAAAAAACUUGGUUAUCAAGUCGGUAGCGACCCUUUCUUUGAUACUGUCAAAGUUUCCGCUUCGAAUGCAUCCUCUUUGGCGGAGACGGCUGCGAAAGAAGGAAUCAAUUUGCGUGUCUUAGACGCGAAUACGGUUACCGUGGCCUUUGAUGAGACAAUCACUCUUGAAGAUGUAGAUAACUUGUUCAAAGUAUUUGCUAAAGGAAAACGGGUAAAUUUUACUGCCGAAUCGCUUGCACCAUCUGCGGGAUCGUCAUUGCCAAAGGAAAUGGUCCGUGAGAGUGCUUACCUGACACAUCCCAUUUUCAACUCAUAUCACUCCGAGCACGAGCUUCUUCGUUACCUGCAUAGAAUUCAAGCCAAGGAUUUGUCCCUAGUCCACAGCAUGAUCCCGUUGGGGUCCUGCACCAUGAAGCUGAAUGCCACAGUUGAGAUGAUGCCGGUUACGUUUCCUGAGUUUGCCAACAUUCAUCCUUUUGCUCCUCUCGAUCAAACUGGUGGUUAUCAGGAAAUGUUCAAAAAUCUUGGAGACUUUCUAUGUGAAAUCACAGGCUUUGAUUCCGUCUCUUUGCAGCCGAAUGCUGGUGCCGCGGGUGAAUAUACAGGUUUGAUGGUGAUUCGUGCUUAUCAGAAGGCGAAAGGGGAAGGCCAUCGGAACGUUUGUAUCAUCCCAGUGUCAGCUCAUGGGACAAACCCUGCCAGUGCAGCCAUGUGCGGCAUGAAGAUCGUCUCGAUCGGUACAGAUGCUAAUGGAAACGUUGAUAUAGCAGAACUGAAACAGGCAGCCGAAGCGAACAAGGAUAACCUUUCUGCGUUAAUGGUUACAUAUCCUUCUACUCAUGGCGUGUAUGAAGACGGCAUCGAUGACAUAUGCGACAUAAUUCAUAAAAAUGGAGGUCAGGUGUACAUGGAUGGUGCUAAUAUGAACGCACAGGUUGGCCUUACAAGUCCUGGAUUCAUCGGAGCAGAUGUCUGUCACUUGAAUCUCCACAAGACAUUCUGUAUACCUCAUGGAGGUGGUGGCCCAGGAAUGGGUCCAAUUGGAGUGAAAAAACACUUGACGCCGUUUUUACCGUCUCAUCCGGUGGUAUCGACUGGCGGUAUACCACCAAGUUCAGAAAAAGCACAACCCCUGGGUACAAUUUCAGCGGCACCUUGGGGUUCUGCGUUGAUUCUUCCGAUUUCCUAUACAUACAUUGCAAUGAUGGGCUCAGAGGGCCUUACCAGCGCGUCAAAGCUGGCGAUACUCAACGCCAAUUAUAUGGCCAAGCGUCUCGAGAAUCAUUAUCGUAUUUUGUUCCGAGGCAAAAAUGGAACCUGUGCUCACGAGUUCAUAGUUGAUUUGAGAGCAUUCAAGGCGACAGCAAAUAUAGAGCCUGAAGACGUUGCAAAGCGUCUAAUCGACUACGGCUUUCAUGCGCCAACUAUGUCUUGGCCAGUUCAUGGGACAUUGAUGAUCGAACCAACAGAAAGCGAGAGCAAGGCGGAGCUGGACCGCUUCUGUGACGCAAUGAUCUCGAUCCGAGAGGAGAUACGAGCCAUAGAAAAUGGCACAUGUAACGCUGCGGACAACGUCCUAAAGGGAGCGCCUCAUUCUGCCUCUAUGGUCCUGUCGGACAAGUGGAACAAGCCCUACUCCCGCAAGCUGGCUGCUUACCCGGCCACAUGGGUUGAAAGCUCGAAGUUUUGGCCGUCAACUGGUCGUGUUGACAAUGUAUAUGGUGAUCGCAACCUUGUGUGCACCCUUAUUAACGGGGAUGCUACACCCGCUGAAGAGCGGGUGGCUACUGCUUAAGAUCGAAAUGUGCAAAGAAAUCAAAUUUCUACGCCUCUUGUACAGCCAGGUACUAAAUAUGUAUACUUUUGCGCACGAAA